ACUCCACCCCCAGAACUCAGCCUCUACUUUAGUCAACCUGCACGUGUCAGUGUUUUAUUUACUUUCUAAUUAUUUAUAUUUUUCCAUCCAGAAUAAGGGUGGAAAUAUUUGAGUGUAUGAUGGUCCCACAGGAUAAAAUUCCUGGCAACUUCAAGAGUUUGUGGUUGAAAUAUGAUAUUGACACAUCCGACAAGCACCAAUUAUUCAUUAAAGAACAUUCCGUGAGAAAACAGGAACCAGGACACCCAAAAGGACGUACAUUAUUCAUCCUGAACAUUCCCCCUUACGUCAGCAAAGAUUCUCUGAAGAAUAUAUUUACAAGGCACUGCGGAGGGGUGAAUAAUGUGAGCUUACAUCCAGCCCUUGAAAGCUCCCAAAAUGGUUUCAAAACAGGCUACAUAGUCUUCGCGAAAAUAUCUUCACUGGAGAAGGCCCUCUCCUUGGGACAGGAUUUUACAGUAGUCCUAGAACCCGAGGAAACCCCCAAAAAUCCCCUGGGCUUAGUAAAAUGGUGCAGAGAAUAUAAUAAAGAGGCGAAUAUCUCCGAAAAUACCCUGAAAGAAGAAAUAGCCAAGUACAUGUCGAAUUACGAUAAAAGGAUCGAGAAACGUUUGGCUGCUGAAAAUACUCAAGAAGAUGCUGAUGGAUGGGUCACGGUGUCUAGUAAAAAGAAGAGAGGACAAUUCGCUCCCAGUAGAAAGGAGUCGACGAUUGAUAAAGUCCAGCAGAAAGAGCAGAUGAAGAGUAAAAAGAAGGAGUUGCUCAAUUUUUAUACUUUUCAAAUUAGAGAAUCUAAAAAACAACAUCUGGUGCAACUGCGGAAGAAAUUUGAAAUGGAUAAGCAGAAACUGCAGCAAUUAAAAACAAAGAGGACUUUUAAACCCUUCGGAUGAAUAUUGUAGAGUUUUUUUGUA